AUGACCACCAUGCUGAGGGCGGUGAGCGCCACCUGGCGGGCCGCUGGGCCCAGUUCCUGGCCGGGCCGGUCGGAGAACGACCUCUGUCCGUCCCCGGAGCUGAAGACUCUGCUGCGGGGUGGCGUCCGCCAGAGUACCGGCAGAGGUCUGCGCUGGCUGAUCCGGGCCAGAACCAGGACCGUCAGAGACCGCCACCAGCGCUACCAGCAGCUGUGUGAGAAGAGUCGGACGUCUCCCCACCCGGCCUCCAGACAGAUCCAGCUGGACCUGCACCGCACCCUGACGACCAAUCAGCACUUCUCCUCUCCCUCUAGCCCCGCCCUCCAGCAGCUCCGCCGCAUCCUGUUGGCUUUCUCCUGGCAGAACCCUGCCAUUGGUUACUGCCAGGGACUCAACAGGCUGGCGGCCAUUGCUCUGCUGGUCCUUCACAGUGAAGAAGACGCCUUCUGGUGUCUGGUGGCCGUGGUGGACGCCAUCAUGCCACAGGACUACUACAGCAAGAACCUGCUGGCCUCUCAGGCCGACCAGCGGGUGCUGAAGGAGUUCCUGGCAGAGAAACUUCCCCGCCUGUCGGCUCACUUUGAGGAGCACAACAUCGACGUUUCUCUCAUCACCUUCAACUGGUUCCUGGUGGUGUUUGUGGAGAGUCUGCCCAGUGACAUCCUGCUACCGCUCUGGGACGCCUUUCUGUACGAGGGGACCAAGGUUGUGUUCAGGUACACUCUGGCUCUGUUUAAAUACAAAGAGGACGAGAUCCUGAAGCUCCGCGACAGCGUGGAGAUCUACCAGUACCUGCGCUUCUUCACCAAGACCAUCUCCGACGGCCGGUAA